UUUCCGCUUAUUCUGUUCUAAAUUCUCAUUUCAAGGGUCUUAAUUUUUUCCGUAAAAAAAGAGAAAAAAGGGGGAAAAAAAAAGGAGGAAAAUUGUGGGAUUCUUCAAUGGGCACAAAUUGAGAUUGUUCUAAUUUCGCCGAAUUGUUCGGAUUUUGGUCGAAUCGGCGGAACGGAAGGUAAUUUGGGUUUUGUUCAUGCACAUCAACUGUUUGAUGCUGGGUCUAUAUGAAUGAUGUGCUUAUUUUUUAUUUUUUGGGUAUAUUCAUCAUUUAUUAUUGAGUUGGUGGAAUGUGAAAUCAAAGGAAAUUGGCCCAAAAGAGUUGAUAAAAAUUGUAAUUUGGUGGAAAUAUGAUGCUGGUUACUAGAAAUUUUGGUAUAAUGUUCAUCAAAAUGUCGCCUUGUGCAAGUUUCUCAACCUCAAAUUGGUGCAAUUUGAUUCUUGCUUGGGCUUUUGCUGUAUCGUCUUCAUUUGGUGUGAGGGAGAUGAUGGGAAUUUAAAGUAAUGUGUUUUUUUUGAAGGCUCCAUCUUUGAUGGAAAGCCUUGAUAGAGCAUUCUCUGUUUUAAUUAGUACAUUGAGGUCAUGGAUGCCUCGUCGAUCCGAACCGUCCAAUGUGUCGACGGACUUCUGGAUGCCCGACCACAGCUGCCGGGUUUGCUACGAGUGCGAUGCCCAGUUCACUCUCUUCAACCGGAGGCACCAUUGCCGCCACUGCGGGCGGAUUUUUUGCGGGAAGUGCACGGCAAACUCUGUCCCAGUUUUGUGUUAUAAGGAUCCAAAGGGUAGGAGGGAAGAGGUGGAGAGGAUCAGGGUUUGCAACUUCUGCUUUAAGAGAUGGGAGCAAGAGAUGUCGGCAAUUCAGAAGGGAAUUGUGGAUUGUGUUAGUCCUUCACUUUCUGCAUUGAGUUUGGAUAGUACAAAGUCCACCGGCCCUAGCACCAUUCUUGGGUCUCACUUAAUUAGAGGUUAUGAGAAUGUGCCACACAUUUCUGGCUCUAGUCCUGAUCUAUCUUGUGAGGUCAAACAUUGUCUCGGUAAGCAGGUUGCCAUUGAGGGAAAAGAUUCUACCUCUUUGGAUCAAUUCGUCUAUUGCAUGAACAGGAGUGAAUAUGAUGAUAAUUAUGGAGAGUGUGAAGUGUACAAUUCUGAUUUCGAAGCACGGUAUUUCCAGCAAGUUAAUGACUACUAUAAUCAAGUGGAAUUUUAUGACCUCGACCCAUGUUACGAGACUAUCAUAAAGCAUAGUUCUGAGGAAAAUAUAGUCUCCAAUGAGAUUUCCUCUCCAUUAAAUGACACAGAAUUUAGCAGCCCUCUAGCUGAUGACAACAAGUUUGAGGAUGAAGUUGAAUCCGUUAAUAACUACUCUUGUGAUGCUUCCUCUUCCAUAUAUGGAGCGGAAUGUCCGGAUCUGGAGCCUAUUGACUAUGAGAAUAAUGGACUUAUAUGGCUUCCUCCCGAGCCGGAAGAUGAAGAAGAUGAGAGAGAAGUUAUUCUAUCUGACGAUGAUGAUAAUGACGAUAAUGCAGGAGAGUGGGGUCGUCUUUGUCCAGCAAAUAGCUUUGGCAGUGAAGAAAUUAGUGAUCGAGAUCGAUCUAGCGAAGAAAAUACGAAGGCGAUGAAAAAUGUUGUAUAUGGGCAUUUUAGGGCUUUGAUAGCUCAAUUAUUACAAGUUGAGAACAUGUCCAUCGGUGAAGAAGAUGAGAAGGGAAGUUGGUUGGAGAUUAUCUCGUCUUUAUCCUGGGAAGCUGCAAAUUUCCUCAAGCCAGAUAUGAGUACGGGUGGCGGAAUGGAUCCUGGCGGUUAUGUUAAAGUCAAGUGCUUAGCUUGUGGACAACGCAAUGAAAGCAUGAUUGUGAAAGGUGUUGUAUGUAAGAAGAAUAUGGCUAAUCGACGUAUGGCAUCAAGGAUAGGGAAACCUCGGUUUCUAGUUCUUGGAGGAGCUCUUGAGUACCAACGUGUGACAAAUCUUCUCUCUAGUUUUGAUACUUUGCUCCAACAGGAAAUGGAUCAUUUGAAAAUGGCAGUUGCAAAGAUAGCUGCUUACCAACCUGACAUACUUCUUGUAGAGAAAACAGUGUCUCGCUUCGCCCAGGAUUUACUUCUUGAAAAGAAUAUUUCACUUGUUUUGAAUAUCAAAAGGCCCAUAUUGGAGCGUAUAGCUCGAUGCACUGGUGCUCAGAUAGUUCCUUCUAUUGAUCAUCUAUCAACUCAGAAGCUAGGGCACUGCGAGUUGUUUCAUGUGGAUAAAUUUGCCGAGCAUCAUGAGAUUGGAGGUCAAGGACCCAAGAAAACACUGAAGACUUUGAUGUUUUUCGAAGGAUGUCCUAAACCGUUGGGUUGCACGGUUUUACUUAGGGGCGGUAACAUCAACGAGCUGAAAAAAGUCAAACAUAUAGUCCAGUAUGGGAUUUUUGCGGCUUAUCACUUGGCUUUGGAAACAUCGUUUCUUGCUGAUGAAGGUGCCUCUUUACCAGAACUUCCAUUGAAAUCUCCAAUAGCCGUUGCACUACCUGAUAAGCCUUCGAGCAUUGACAGAUCCAUCUCCACUAUACCUGAUUUCACUAUCCCUACUAAGGAAAUUCAGGAAAGUAGUUCUCAAAUACCCAAUUCAUCAAAUAACUCCUCAGCAUCAAAGUCUGCUAAUAUAAUGGGAAAAUCACAGUUAUCCUCUGGAAACUGUAGCUCCAAUAUUAAAGAAUCUUCUAAUGAGUGUGUUGUGGGACCUCAAAAUACACCAUCUAUAUCUUCUUCUUGUACAUUAGGGUUAGUCUCCAAGUCCUCCCCUGAAUCUCAGGUCAUUAAAGAGAAAAGUAAAUUAAGAUUUGGAGAUUCUCAAGAGAAUGGAGGCAAUUUGAUCAAUGGAACGCAUCUAGAGAGCGACCGUGUGGCAGAGGAGCAAGUUGAAUUGACCAAUUCACCAACUUCAAGGCAAGAAGUUGAUCAAAGGCAUGAAAAAUCCAUAAAGGAAGAGAUCCAGCCGCCUUCCGAUCAUCAGAGCAUUUUGGUUUCCUCAUCCACACGAUGUGUGUGGAAGGGGACGGUCUGCGAACGUUUACAACUCUUUCGAAUUAAGUACUAUGGCAACUUUGACAAGCCUUUGGGGAGAUUUUUGCGUGAUCAUCUGUUUGAUCAGAGUUAUCGGUGCCAUUCAUGUGAAAUGCCAUCAGAAGCCCACGUUCAUUGCUACACACAUCACCAAGGCAGCCUGACAAUAUCAGUUAGGAAGCUUCCAGAUUUUCCAUUGCCAGGAGAACGAGAUGGAAAAAUCUGGAUGUGGCACAGGUGUUUACGAUGUCGUCGUAGUAAUGGAUUUCCCCCAGCAACCCGAAGGGUAGUUAUGUCCGAUGCUGCUUGGGGUUUGUCUUUUGGUAAAUUCUUGGAGCUUAGCUUUUCAAAUCAUGCUGCAGCAAGUAGGGUAGCUAGCUGCGGCCAUUCUCUUCACAGAGACUGCCUCCGAUUCUAUGGGUUUGGGAAAAUGGUCGCAUGCUUCCGUUAUGCACCUAUCAAUGUUCAUUCUGUUUAUCUUCCACCUCAUAAACUUGAUUUUAAUUAUCAGCAUCAGGAGUGGAUAGAGAAAGAAGCAAAUGAGGUUGCUGAUAGGGCAAAACUUCUUUUCAAUGAAAUACAAAAUGCUCUGUGCCAAGUUGUGGAAAAACAGACUCUCAAUGGUGGCUCAGAAGUUACAGAAUUUAGGCAGCAUGUUGUUGAACUGGAAGAAUUGCUCCGAAAGGAGAAGGCAGAAUUUGAGGAUUCAAUGCACGCAAUACUGAAAAAGGAGGAGGGGGAACCAGUCAUCGACAUUCUGGAGGUUAAUAAGUUAAGGAGGCAGUUAUUCUUCCAUUCAUAUUUAUGGGAUCAACGAUUAAUAUUCUCCGCCAGAAUUAACAAUAGUCUUCAGGAUACGCUGAGUAAUUUUCCUCACAGAGAUAAGGACAAAAUGGGGAAUGCCGAGAAACUAGUAGAGACAAAUAUUGCAAGAGAAACACAAAAUUGUCUUAAUGGUGAUGAUGUUAUUUUUGAGAGUAAGAAAACUGAGGAUAAUAAUGAUAAUAAUCAUCGUGAUGUAAUUUGGUCGAAAGUGACAGAAUUCGAUUCUUUACAAGGAAUAGAAAGGAAAAAUAGCCUCGCUACUAGUGUUAGUGUGGGCGAGCAAUCAGUUCCUUUAGUAUCUGUUCUCCCAGCUCGGCGAACCCUCUCAGAUGGGAACUUUCCAAUUAUGGCAAAUUUAUCCGAUGCCUUCGAUGCGAAAUGGACAGGUGAAAGUAACAUAACUCUGGCCGAUGCGAUUAUUUUGGAUUCUUCGUUGUCUGGAGAUGCUGCAGCUGCUGGGAAAUCACUUUCAGAGAAUUUAGAAGAACAAAGUGGUACUGAAUUGACUCAGUCGUUCACCUCUGUUUUGCUUUCCAAGCUGGGAGACAGUGCAGAGGACUUCUCUAGUUGGAUUGGGAUGCCAUUUUUUCAUUUUAAUCGUUUGUUGAACAAGAAUUUGGGUACUCUCAGGUUUAAUGCUCUCAGUAAAUACACUCCUGUGUAUUUUUCCUUUUUCCAGGAGUUAGAACACAAAAAUGGGCCAAGAUUUCUUCUUCCUGUAGGAGUCAAUGAUACCAUUAUUGCAAUCUAUGAUGAUGAGCCAAGUAGUAUAAUUUCUUAUGCGCUGUCCUCUCAUGAAUACCAUAUUCAAUUAUCGGAUGAGAGGGAUAGAAUGAAAGACGGGGCCGAUGCUUUAUUAUCUGUGGCAAGUAAUGAUUUGGGGAAUUUUCUUCAAUCACAAUCAGUUGACGAGCUCUCUGAAUCUUCCAGAAGUUUCGGGACCAUAGAGGGCUCUGUAGGAUCGGACCUACUAGGAUACACAAAAGCAAUGCAUGUUCGGGUUUCUUUUAUGGACGAAGGAAUUCACGGGAAGGUAAAGCAUAGUGUGACUUGUUACUACGCGAAGCACUUUGACAAUUUGAGGAGGACUUGUUGUCCAUCUGAGGUUGAUUUUAUUAGGUCUCUCAGUCGUUGCAAGAAAUGGGGAGCUCAGGGUGGGAAGAGCAAUGUGUUCUUUGCGAAAUCUUUGGAUGAUAGGUUUAUCAUAAAGCAGGUCACAAAAACGGAAUUAGAAUCUUUUAUUAAGUUUGGUCCUGAGUAUUUUAAGUACCUCUCCGAGUCGAUUGGUACGGGGAGUCCUACAUGCUUGGCAAAGAUUGUCGGAAUAUAUCAGGUAACGUCCAAAAACAUGAAAGGUGGGAAAGAAUCGAGAAUGGACGUUCUGGUUAUGGAAAACCUUUUGUUUGGGCGGCACGUGACGAGGCUCUACGACUUAAAGGGCUCUUCGAGGUCACGAUAUAAUCCCGACUCAAGCGGUAACAACAAAGUCCUUCUCGAUCAGAACUUGAUAGAAUCAAUGCCUACUUCCCCGAUCUUUGUAGGGAACAAGGCAAAACGGCUUCUGGAGAGAGCUGUUUGGAACGACACAGCAUUCCUUGCAUCGGUCGACGUAAUGGAUUACUCUCUACUGGUUGGAGUCGACGAUGAGAAGCACGAACUUGUGUUAGGAAUCAUCGAUUUUAUGAGACAAUAUACAUGGGACAAGCAUCUCGAAACAUGGGUCAAAGCUUCUGGUAUUUUAGGAGGCCCCAAAAAUGUCUCCCCAACUGUAAUUUCUCCAAAACAGUACAAAAAACGGUUCAGAAAAGCCAUGUCGGCAUAUUUUCUCGUGGUCCCGGAUCAGUGGUCGCCUCCGUCAAUCUUACCUAGCAAAUCAGAGACUAAAAGUGACCGAGAUAAUGAGGAGGACACUGCCAUAACAUCGUAAGAUGCUUCUGUAAAUUUUUGAUAUUUAUGGAAAGGCCCACAUUUUAGGGGCUUUCUUCAUAUAGCUCUUUUUUUCCUCUUCAAUUUCUCUUUCAUUCUUUCAAUUUUGUUUCAUAGCCCUAUCUUUCCAUUCUUUUUGCCCUCCUUUAUAUGUAUCUCAAUUUUGAAGGUUGAGAAAUCCUAUUUAUGUAUGUUUAAAGCAUAAGAAUAGUGUUAACUAAAUGCCAUACAUACACAUGGAAAUUUAUAUCAUGAAUAAAGUGUAGUAAUUAUGUGGUAUGAACUUCAAAUAAUCAAAA